ACGGCUGCCAGUUGAGUGAGCAGGGUUAAAGACGGCUGCCAGUUGAGUGGGCGGGGUUAGAGACGGUUGUCAAUGGAGUGGACGGAAUUAAAGGCAGCUCUCAGUGGAAUGGGCGGAGUUUAAAGGGGGCUGCCGGUAAGUGGGCUGAGUUAAAGGCGGCUGCCAUAAGAGUGGGCGGGGUUAUGGUGAAGGUUGAUUGAGAGCCCACCAUUAGUACAUGUUUGCGCUGCGGUCCGGUAGUCUCUAUUAUUUUACACACCAAUAAGGAAGUACGUAUACGUUUUAAACAACCGGAUCCAUCGCUGCCAUUUUAUUACAUCGGAACGAGUGUAUGUGCACCCUCCCCUGGAUAUAAGAAAGUUGAAGAGGAAGCUGCCGCUGCGACUCAUGUGCUGUUCAGUGUAGGAGGUUAGCUUCUGGCUUUACGCAAUCGGAGGAAACGAUGGCUCGGCUCGGUCAAGGCGGAUUUGGGAGACGCUGAAGCUCGGGAAAACGCUGGAGGGGAGGAGGACAGCCGCUGAAAUGAGAUGAGGCUCAGAAAUGGAACUGUUGCCACUGUCCUCAUCUUCUUCACCUCUUUUCUCAGUCUGUCCUGGUACACAGCCUGGCAGAACGGAAAGGAGAAGUUGGUAGCAUAUCAGCGGGAGUUUCAUGCUCUGCGUGAGCGUCUUCGUGCGGCUGAGCACCGAACCCUGCAGCGCUCCUCGGAGCUGAACACUAUCCUGGAACAGUUCCGACGUGCCAUCGCUGAGACCAACAGCAGCAAGGAUCCCCUCGCCAACUUCUCGGAUGAGACCCAGAAACUGUUGAAGGACCUGGCACACAGGAAGCCUCUCCAAGUGCCAAAUAUCUUCCACCACUUGCCACACCUGCUAAACAAUGAGGGCAGCCUACACCCUGCGGUGCAAGUUGGCCAGGGACGCACAGGAGUUUCUGUGGUAAUGGGGAUUCCUACCGUGAAGCGGAAAGUCAAGUCGUACCUGGCAGAGACUUUGCAUUCGCUCAUCGACAAACUCUCACCUGAAGAGAAGCUUGACUGCGUAAUCAUAGUCUUCGUAGGGGAGACGGACAUAGAUCAUGUGCACAGUGUGGUCUCCGGCCUUGAGAAAGAAUUUUCUACAGAGCUGAAUUCCGGGCUGUUGGAGGUCAUCUCUCCUCCUGCAAGUUACUACCCAGACCUCAACAACCUCAAAGAGACCUUUGGGGACUCCAAAGAGAGAGUGAAAUGGAGGACCAAGCAGAACUUGGAUUAUUCAUUCCUCAUGAUGUACGCAGUCAGCCGAGGAGUUUAUUAUGUCCAGUUAGAAGAUGAUAUCGUUGCAAAGCCCAACUACUUUGCCACUAUGAAGAACUUUGCUCUGCAGCUGGCCUCUGAAGACUGGAUGAUCCUGGAGUUCUCCCAGCUUGGUUUCAUUGGUAAGAUGUUCCAGGCUCCUGAUCUGAAUCUCAUAGUGGAGUUCAUAUUUAUGUUCUACAAGGAGAAGCCUAUCGACUGGCUGUUGGACCACAUUCUCUGGGUGAAAGUUUGCAACCCUGAGAAAGAUGCCAAACACUGUGAGAGACAGAAGUCCAGUCUGCGGAUUCGCUUCAGACCAUCUCUAUUCCAGCAUGUGGGCCUGCACUCUUCGCUUGCAGGGAAAAUUCAGAAACUCACGGAUAAGGACUUCCUGAAGCCACUGCUGCAUAAGAUCCAUGUUAAUCCACCAGCAGAAGUGUCCACCUCUCUAAAGGUGUAUCAGGGCCACACGCUGGAGAAGACCUACACGGGAGAGGAUUUCUUCUGGGCCAUUACUCCCAUGGCAGGAGACUACGUGCUCUUUAAGUUUGACCGUCCAGUCAGCCUCGAACGGUUCCUGUUCCGCAGUGGAAACCAGGAGCACCCAGGGGAUAAAAUCGAGAACACCACGGUUGAAAUUCUGCCCUUCUCGGAUGCAGAACUGAAGACCAAAGAGAAGUACAAACACACAGGUGACCAUUUUUACAGAAUCGCUGAGUUUGAGAACGGAGUAGCUGAGGGCAAAGUGGACGCUGCCUUUAACCCGGUGGCUGCUGUGCGUCUCAAUGUUCUGAAGGACUCUGCGGUGUGGGCUAUUAUCAGUGAGAUCCACAUCAAGAGACUCGCUGGAUAGUUGUGUGUAGGCCUCCGCCAUUCGUGCUCCCAUGAGGCCCAGCUGUGCUGUAAAGGCCCUUGCAGGGAUUUUAACAGAGUGACAUUUUCAAAGCGCAUGGACGCUACCAAUCAGAGUGUCACAUUAAGGAUUGCUGGCUCAUUCUCUCUUCAUCCCUUUAUAUAUUUCUCCUGGGUUUUUUUUUUCUUUCUUUUUUUACUUUAGAUGACUCUUUAUUUUUCUUUUAAGGAUUUCAUUUAUUUCCCCAAGACACUUUCUUCGUGUUUUCUGCUUGUCAAUGUGAAUACUACUGUAUAAAAGAUGCCCUUUUUUUUUUUUCUUCUUUUUUUUUUUUUUUUUUUUUUGAACUAACUAAACCAGACACUGAAGUUUGAGCCUUGAGGAAUCGUGUUUAGUGCUGUAUCUAAUUAAAGGUUGGUGUUUGUAGGAUUGUUGGCUGGUGCUGGAGGGAAGGCAAUUCUUCCCACCGAAGGAGAAUAUUACUAGUACUGACUCCUCGUGGACACUCCAUUUCCCGACCAGUAUGACAAAGCAAGGCAAACAUAUUUUGGUGUAUUUUGUUUUACUUUCAUUUUUUAAUGUUGGCGUAUAUUUUACAUAAAGUUAUCAGGAAAAAAAUGAAGACAUUUUCUGUUUAAAAAAAAAAAAAAAAAAAAAAAAAGUUUCUCACUCCUUGAGUUUAACAGUACAGGGAUAGGGCACUCUGUUCAAACAUAUUUCAUUAUGUUUCAAGAAACAGUUUGUUGUAAUGACUACUUUGCCAAAAUGCUUUUGAAAGAAAUUUUUAAAGAACAGAAACCAUAGUUCAGAACUUCUGUAUAAUAGGACAUUCCGCCUACCCUUUUCCCCCUCCCUAAACAGUGUCCUUUGAUAUUCAACCAAUCAACAAUUGCCUUUCAAAAGAAGGGACACACUUAUUUUCACGAUCUAUAAAGGUGAUUUAACUUAUUUGAAAUAAAUGUUUAAUUUGUACAAGAGUUAUUUUUUUUUUUAUUUUUUUUUUAUGCUGUGAAAAGUUUAUGAUGCAGAAAACAAAUAAUUUGGUAAAUAUUUGAAGUAUAUUUAUGCUUUACAAUGAUUUGAAAGUGAGGAAUUGGGGUCAUGUCUGUUUUUUCUCUAUAUAGUUGCAAUGGGUGCAGGUCCCCCACGUUUGUGCCUUAUUGUCCAGAAAGGGACUGCCUCUCUGUGUCAGAAACCCUGUUUUUAUACAGGAGUAACUCGGGCAAGAAGUUCCCAGUUCAGUCCUUGAAAAUCCCUCUUUUUUUAAACAAAAAAAAAACAAAA